AUGCUUGAUAAAAGUAAUGCGAGCAACUAAAAUCUGAACAUCUCAUUACAGUCAAUUGCAUCGCAAAAGAAUUCGAGGAAGAGUACAGGAGUGGCUUCUCGCAAAACUAAUAACUUUUUAAGACCUAGAGUAACUAUAUUUAACCAAGAGGCAAGAGAUGGGGGCAAGACAACCAAGUCAAAAUUGCAGCUUAACAAGUCAACUACAGAUUUGGAUAAUCAGUCCAUCAAUAGAUCAGUAAUAUUACCAAAGAAAGAGAUAAAUUAGAGUACCAGUAGAAGAAGGCAAACAAAUACAAAGUCAUAUCUUAACCAGUCGAACAUAUCAAUAGCACAAAAAAAUACUGAAAGCAAAAGUUAGACUUAAAUUGAUGUUUAAGUACCUCAAAUUGACAUGAGUUUUAUCAGUAAGGGAACUUAGCAAAUAAAUAGUGAGCGAAGGCGUCUCACAAAUUUGAUGUAAGCUAGAAGAAACAGAUCCUAAAUGCUAUCAAAGUCAAGAAUAUAGGAGGAUGGGGAUGCCGACUAAUUGAACUCAAGUAUUUUAAAUCAUUAAGGAUUACUGAACAACUUGAAUCAUAGUUAGAUUGUUCUGAAUUCCCAACCAAAUAAAUUAGAGGAGGCUAAGUUGCGGUUCAUAGAGUAGAGAGAUAAGAGAAAAUACGAUAAUAGAGUGAUUGGCUUCUACAGAGAGAGGGAGAUUGUUAAGAAGAUUGAUGAUAUUGUGCAAUCUAAAAAAGACUUUGAUAUGAGCUGCGAGAGGAUCACUAAACAUACACUUAACUCAGCCAGGCAAUAAUUGAUAUAGUUAAGUCAGUAACGAGCAGGGUCUAAAGAUAAAUUAGAUCAAUAGUAAUGCUUAGAAAGGUAAUACCCAAAAGUUAAUCCCUUCAACUUGGGUUUCCAUAGUAAAACCUCAGAAUAGGAUCAUAGCAAACAAACCAAGUCGGGAUUAAUGACCUAAAGAACAAUAUCAGAAUAAGAAAUGGGACCAGGGCCUGGUGUAACUAAGAGAUAAAACCAAGCAAUGAAUGAGUAAAUUGACAAUGAGGAACUGACGAGUGGGGAUUUUCAAUACUACACUGCAAGGAACUCUUUCUCACAAAUGUCGAAGAAUAGAAUGAUGAAUUUUAAUUUCAACAAAGAUAAUCGAGUACUGAUGCCCAAGAGACAAUAUUUAGAGAACAAAAUAAAGUCAUAGCCAAAAACAAUAAUUGAAACAUAGCAGUGUAAGAACACAUCUGAUGUAAAGUAAGAGAUAUUAAAGCAAAAGCCUGAGCCAAACCCAAUUGUUGAAUAUCUGUUAAUAUAACUUCAGGAACUAAGCUUAUUCAAGUAGUAAAAUACCCAACUGCUCCCUUCUUAGCCAACAACAGAUACACAGACAAACAGUGUAGUAGAGCAGUAAUUGCUUUAACUAACUCUGAGUAUGGUGAAUUUUCUCAAUUUUCACAAUUAAAUCAUGAACUCAGAAACCAAUUAACUUUUAAAUACUACAGCUUGCAAUGAUCCUAAUUCAAAUGCGACAGCAAUCAACACUAAAAUGAGAGAAUAAGCAGAUAAUGAUACGAGUUUAAAUACUAUUUCUAAUCAGACAGUAGUCUAAAUAUCCAAAAGAAGGAAAUGGAAGGUAGAUAAAAUGGUCGGAGAUGACACUCCAAGUGAUAGCCUAAAUUAUUGA